CCAGCCAACCCUAGCGCCGGGCUGUGUGGAGGGGAGGAGAGCCCGGGGCUAUAAAUUGAGCAGCCCCGGCACCGCUCCCCAAUCCCGCUGGCGAACCCAGAGGAGGCUGCGGCGAGAUGAGGACCAUGGGGCUGAGCCUGGGGCUGGCGCUGCUCUGCCUGCUGCGCGUCGGGGCUGAGGACCUCGGUGCUGCGGAGCUGGACAUGAGCAAGAUUGCAGGGAAAUGGCACAUCACGGCCAUGGCCACUGACAAUGAGAGCUACCUCCAAAAGAAGGAUCAGCUGAAGAUGGCGAUGACGUCCAUCGAGCUCCUGGGGAACGGUGACCUCAACGUCUCCUUUGCCAUUCCCACCCCCGGGCAAUGUAUGAGACUGGUGUCGAUCUACAAGCCAACAGGAGCCCUGGGUCAAUACUACAGCUCUGACAGAGGCUAUAAGACAGCGCAGGUGGUGGACACGGACGGCAAGACAUACGCAGUGGUCUUUGCCACCAGAGUGAAGGACGGGAAGACCCUGCAUGCCCUGAGGCUCUACACCAAGACCCGGGAGGUGAGCCCCAGGCUGGCAAUGCUCUUCAGGAAGCUGGCGAGGCAGAGGAGCUUCACCAACGACAUGAUCGUCCUGCUGCCCGCCCAGGGUGAGUGAGCGCUG